AUGCCUGCACGGGUCAAUUGAGUUAAUUCCACUGAUAAGACUUUUCUAUAUAAAUUAAAAGUUAGAUUUAUUUACAUGUUAUGAACGAGAAAUAAAGAUGUCUCUUAAAACUAUAUGUCUUCUCUUCGUAUUAACCGUGGCUGCCAAUGGGCACCCGCACCCAUCCUACGACCCCUAUUUUAAUGAAGGUCAUGGAGGUUUUGGCCACGGUGGAGGUAGUUCUGGUCAAGGCUUUGGUCAUGGUGGACAAGGUCAGAGUGAGUUUGGUCAUGGAGGCUUCUCUGGACCUAGUGGCGGAGGAUCCAGUUCAGGAGGCUUCGGUCAUGGAGGUCAAGGUCAGGGUGGAUUCGAUCAGGGAGGCCCCUCUGGACAUAGCGGCGGUGGACCUGGUCAAGGAAGCUCUGGAAGCCAUGGUGGCUACGGAAAUGGUGGCUUCCACGACGGACACCACGGCGGCUACAAAGAUCGUGGAUAUUAAAAAAAGCUUAUUUGAUAUUACAUGAAUAGAAAAUAAAAUAUUAUUAAAUAA